GGAUGUUCUUACCUAUAAUAUAGACUGCUGGGCUAUAUUAUACAAGAGCAAGCCUGCGGUAAUGAAGAAGGUCGACAAAAGCACGGUCAAAAAGCACUGGCAGGUGAAGAACGGCAACGCAGCUAAUAAACAGCCUUUCAAACACCAAGCCAAGUAUGGGAUAAAAGCCAGUCCACUUACUAGUGCCUGGGCAAACCAUGAAGGAUGGACUUCAGCAGAAGAAUUUCCUUUCGCUUUAACCGCUAGCGGGGGAGUUGGUACAAUCCUUGUGGGGGUCACGCGCAACUUGUAAGAAGAGUAGAAGUUUUUAUUAUGAAAUUUCUACCAGAAGAACGGAAUU